AUGCCCACGGGGACCCCCUUUGACUCAUUUAUCCCACCCUACCCAAUAAAAGUGGACAAUUUCUGUGCAUCCUAUGGAUCAAAGCCUCCCUCCGCCCUACACCUCCUCACUCACACUCACACCGACCAUUUGUACGGAUUAUCUGCUCGUUCGUUCAGCGGACAGGUCAUUUGCUCCCGCGAUGCCAAGGAAAUGCUCUUGCGGCAUGAAGUUUAUGGCGAACGGGCACUCAAGGAUCAAGACAUCAGAGCCGAGAAAACCCGCACAUUCGCACAUCUCAAAGUCGAGCCCAGAGUUAUGCAAGACGGAACCCUCUUAUUUGAAGGUGCUAGGGAUUUAAUUCGUACACUGCCCCUGUAUACGCCAACUACAAUCGAGCUUGACGACAAAAAAAGAGUCAAACUCACAUUGUUUGAUGCGAACCAUUGUCCAGGAGCAGUUAUGUUCCUUAUCGAGGGCGAUGAUGGGGCAGUCUUACACACCGGAGAUUUCAGAGCUGAACCGUGGUUCCUCCAAUCCCUGAUGAAGAACCCCUUCCUACAAAAAUACCUCGCCCCGCCACCGUCUUGCAGCGGGGCUCGCCGAACUCACGAAGACGUACUGCACACAUUGGAAGCAAUUCACCUCGACACGGCAUGCCUUUUUAGCACCCUUCAUGUCCCUACGAAGGACGCGGCGACGUCGGGACUCAUGGAGUUGAUGUGUCUCCUCCCACCCACGACACUAUUUUUCAUCAACGCUUGGACAUGGGGUUACGAAGAUGUCCUAAAGGCCAUUUCUCGUACCUUCCGCACUCGGAUACAUGUCGAUCGUUACAAGUUCGGGGUUUACAAGCAUCUUGAAGGCGAACCUUUCCUCCAGAACAUCAUAACCCAGGAUGCCGCCAGUACACGAUUUCACGCAUGCGAGCGAUUUGACCGUUGCAAUCAUGUCAGUGUUGUGGCAGAAAGCCCACGAAAUCAGACCGUGGCUGCCGGUCGGAGUGUCAAUGCUAAUGGCGAGCACGUCGUCUAUGUCAAUCCGGUUACGAUGGGUGUCGCCGGGUGGGAUCUCUACCUGAAGGAAACAAGAGAAAGGCUUGCACGUGGAGAAAUCGUUAACCAUCUGCUAGUGCCGCUUUCCCGCCACUCGCCUCUCCCAGAAUUAAGGGACUUUGUCUCACUUUUCCGGCCUAAGCAGGUCGUACCAAAUACACUCGAUCCUGCGCUUAUGGGCCUCGACCACGGAUGCGUGCGUGAGAUGUUCGCAGACUGUUUAGCAGGAGAUCGUGUGGACCGCGAGGCAAAUCCCUUCUCCCCUGACUGCGAGGGCCCCGGCGCUCGUGGAUUACUCGAGAAGCUGAUGGCUGUGCGAGAUGAGGAUGAGGACGUCGCGCUAAAGAAUCUCGAGGGAGACGGCGCCAAGGAGCUCGCAGGGAGGUGGGCAGAGAAUGGCAAGAUCAAGAAAAAGCUUGAAGUGAUGAAGCAGUAUCUGCGAGGGGCUCAACGAAGCCUCGUCGAACGCAUACUGGGCGAGGGGGACGAAAUCUCACAGGGGAUUUCACAGGUUGAUGAAGCGCCCGGAGCUCACCACAACGUCGGAGUGGUCGAGCGCACCGAGAACGCACCGCUGCGGCGAGCAUUCCAGGGUAGGGCAACGCUAGCCGAAACGGCGAGCGCCAUGGCCCGCAUUUGGUUCGCGCCUUCCGGAUAUACACAGCGCGACAGCGAUGAGGAGACGGAGGAUUCAGACGCUGAGCUGGAGAGAGCGCGGACGGCGCACUUCCUCUUCGCGGAGCAAUCACAGUUUCCAGAACAUCUAUCCAUGGCUUUCUUCGAGAAGAGUUCUUCGCCGCUGAAGUCUAGCCCUGUGGUCUCACCGUCAAGUAGUGCAGCGCGAACGAGACCAGGAUCGAAGGUGUUGCCGCCUAAACAUUGCUCGAAGCAUAUGUCGAUGGACGUCACCAUCCUGUCUCCCCCGUCUUCACCGACACCAAAUGGAAGACAUGAACAUCGUUUGUCAACUUCGCAGCAUGAAAGUUGCUCGCCCAGGUCUAACACUUUAGAUUGCCCUUUGCCUUCUCGCGUUGGACAUGGCUCCUCAGCAGCGGAUGACGGCAGCGCUGUGCGGAAGCGCAAGCGACCAUACCUCCCAACUCCGAAUGCCAGCUUGAAACGCACCUAUUCGCCGUCGCUUCCUCAUCAGCAUUCCAGCGACCACCCAUCAAGCCUCGUUCAAUCGCGUGGACACAAUGUCUGUCGAACACGGAUGCAAGGCGAUAUCCAUGCCCACACAACACCACUUGUCGACAUGUGCAAUUAUACCCUAGAGCCUGCUACAGCCGCCUCCCGAGGUACUGAGGAGCAGCAGCGUGACCAUAACGUUAAGCCUCAUAAGCUGAGUGAGAACAUUCAGGAAGCAGCGAGGACAUCGGCUCCUCAGCAGAGUGAACAAUCAAAGGGGCAUGAACGAUUAUCCUCUUCAUCGCUUUCCAGUAGUCCCGCAGCAAGCAGGAAAUCACUCGACAUGAUCUCAGAGUGCGCGAACAUCACACCCUCUUUGUCGCAGAUCAAGUCAACUGCCGAAGACUACAAGCGACAGCAACGGCAAACAACUCAGCUCGAAAGGCUAAAGAUUUCCGAGAAGCUUUCACAAGCGAGGCCGGACUUAGUUACGGCUCAAUUUACAGCUAAGCUUGAGCGGCGUCGACUGCCGUCCGAAGACAUCAGCAACGAGGACGGCGACGUUGCGAUGGAUAUGGCUCGCAGUCGCAAGCUCGCUGCCGAGUUUAGAAGACGAUUUGCUAAUGGUGACAAGCCAAAAGACGUUGUACCUCGGCUGCCGUGUCUUGAAAGUCAAGAGGAAGAGGCGUUGUUCUCUGGAGAUCAAGCCCAUAACUAG